AAAAAUUGCCCCUCUUUCCUCCUCUUUCCUCGCCUCCUGUUCCCCUGGACUCUUUCUAUUCUUCCCCUCUUCCCCUCUUCCCCUCAUUAUCUCUUCUAUUGAUCAUCCGAUCACAGCAUCUCAAAAUGGGCGUCACCAAGCACAUUCUCGCACAUGGUAACGGUGCCGACAUCCCCAAAGUGGAAGAUGAAAUCGCCAUGCACUAUACCGGAUGGGUGUACGACCCCAGCCAGCCUGAGGGCAAGGGAAAACAGUUCGAUAGCUCCUAUGACAGGGAUCAGCCGUUGAAGGCGACUAUUGGCGUUGGACGUUUGAUCAAAGGUUGGGAUGAGGGUGUUCCUCAGAUGAGUCUGGGAGAGAAGGCUUUGUUGACCAUCACUCCGGACUACGGCUAUGGAGCUCAGGGUUUUCCCGGUUUGAUCCCCGGCAACUCUACCCUCCUCUUCGAGGUCCACCUCGUUUCUAUCAAGCGCAAGGGCUCCACAACGAUACUUAACGCCUAGUUAAAUGAUACUAAUUGAGGCAAAAAUUGUGGUUUUCACCAUAGAUGACUUCACCGUGUGAAUGUUCUAAGUUUUGUAAACUGUUCUUCGCAAUAGUCGUAGAUUUGAAUUCUUAGGAUUGGAUGUAAGAUUGGUUAAAGCGAACAAUGUGUGCUCGCGGAAGGGAGUGUCGCAUAAUCACGCCUUGUUCAUCUAGCAAUUCCUUAUAUAUCUCGAACGUAGCGACUAAUAGCAGUGAACAUGAUUACCAGUGAUUUUAUACAGUUA